ACAAUAGGGUCAGUGCCCCUUGCUGCCACCGCCCCCUUGCUUGGGCUUUAUCACCCCAGGCACUCACUGGCUGGAGCAAGGCUGGCCAUCAUGUCCACUCUCUGGGCCUUCCUCAUGCUCUGGGGUCUCUUGCUGAGCCCAGCGACGACGGAGGCGGCAGUAGCAUUCCAGACCCAGCCAGACCUGUGGGCAGAGGUUGAAUCGCUGCUGGAACCCUGGGCCAAUGUGACACUGACUUGCCAUGCCUGUCUGGAGACCAUGGAUUUUGAGCUGUUCAAGGAUGGGGUAACCCAGGAAAUUGUGCACCUUGGUUUACCUGCUAUGGAGUACCAGUUCCCCCUAGGACCAGUGACAAGUGACACCCAGGGCCUGUACCGCUGCCGCUCUGGCUUGAGCAGCGGAUGGACCCAGCUGAGCAAUCUCCUGGAGGUGACUGGGGCAGAGACCCUGCCCCCGCCUGUGCUCUCAACGGAGCCGGUGUCCUGGAUCACACCUGGCCUGGAGACAAAACUGCUGUGCCGUGGGGGAUUUCGGGGUGUCACCUUCCUGCUGAGGCUGGAAGGCGAUGACCAGUUUUUGGAGGUGUUUGAGGCCCCUACAGGCGUGGAGGCCACCUUCCCAGUCCGUCGGCCUGGCAACUACAGCUGCAGCUACCGCACCCAUGCAGCAGGUGCACCCUCUGAGCCCAGUGCUACCGUGACAGUCGAAGAGCUGGGCGCACCGUUGCCGCCCACGCUGAGUCUCCAGGGAGCGUCUGCAGCCGCCGUCCUGCACCCGGGUGCCCGCACGACCUUGGUCUGCGUGGCGCCCCUAAGCGGCGUGCACUUCCAGCUGAGGCGGGGCGAGGAGGUGCUGCAAGUACCCAUGAGCUCCACCAGCCCAGACCGCGUCUUCUUUCACCUGAACGCGGUGGCUCUGGGCGACGGCGGUCUCUACACCUGCCGCUAUCAGCUGCGUGGCCAGCCAACCUGGUCCUUGGACAGUGCGCCCGCCGAGCUGCUGCUGAGCGACGAGACGCUCCCCGCGCCGGAGCUCUCGGCCGAACCCGCGACUCCGCGGCCGGCGCCCGGCGCGUCCCUGCAGCUGCGGUGCCGCGCGCCCCGGCCCGGCCUGCGCUUCGCCCUGGUGCGCGAGGACGCCGGCCAGCGCCGGGUGCACCGAGUCCUGAGCCCCGCCGGCACCGAGGCCCACUUCGAGCUGCGCGACGUCUCGGCCGCGGACUCGGCCAACUACAGCUGCGUCUACGUGGACACUGAGCCCCCCUUCGCGGGCUCGGCGCCCAGCGCGCCCUUGGAGCUGCGCGUGGAGGGGCCCCCUCCCAGGCCCCAGCUCCGGCCCCUGUGGCGCGGGGCGGUGACUCCGGGCCGCGACGCCGUCCUGCGCUGCGAAGGCCAGGUGCCGGACGUCACGUUCGAGCUGCUGCGGGCCGGUGAAAAGGAGGCUUCGACCCAGACCCGGACCGCCCACCGCUCAGCCGACCUUGUGCUGACCUACGUGGGGCCGCAGCACGUGGGCAACUACAGCUGCCGGUACCGCAGGUCGUGGCCCAAAGUCUUGGUGUCGGAGUUCAGCGAGCCGGUGGAGCUCCAGGUGGCAGGAAGUUGAUGCAGCUGCAGACUCAGGAUGUUAAUGGUAUUCUUGGCGAGUAUUUUCUCCCUUCUGGCACUGAUCCCUCAUGCUGCAGCUGGAGGCUGGACUCACCCCGGGGGUGCUGGAGGACUGUCCCUCAUUCCUCCUGGGAAUCAAUAAAUGUGAAGAGAGACUUUAA